AUGUCUGAUAUAAGUAUCCAUAGUGAAAAGGCUAAGGAAUUGUCCGUAGACGAAGAAGCUGCUGCUGCUGCACAAAAAAAGAUUUUUGAAGAGAGUAAUGCAGGUGAUGGUACUCACCGUGAAGACCAUUACCUGCAUGGUACCCAGUUAUGGAUAUGUGUUGUGGCAUUGUUCCUAUGUAUGUUUUUGGUGGCUCUCGACCAGACUAUCGUUGCGACCAUUUUGCAAGUGGUGGGUAAUCACUUCAAUGCCGAGAGCAAAGUUGCGUGGAUUGCAACUGGCUUUUCGUUUUCAAUGGCCGUAUUCAUACAAAUUUGGGGAAACAUCUCGAUAGCAAUCGGAAGAAGAUACUGUCUGUUUUUGGCAGUUGCACUGUUUGAGAUCGGCUCUCUCAUUUGUGCUCUUUCAAAUUCCAUGAAUAUGUUAAUCGGAGGAAGAGUUAUUGCUGGUUUUGGUGGAGGUGGUAUUCAGUCCUUAGUGAUGGUGAUCAUUACCGAGAUUGUUCCCAUCGAGAAAAGACCUAUCGCCAUGUCAGGAUUUGCAGUCACUUUCGCCAUAGCUUCUGUUUUGGGUCCGCUAGUGGGAGGGGCUUUUACCACGAAUGUUUCGUGGAGAUGGUGUUUUUAUAUCAAUCUGCCUAUUGGUGCUGUGGCCGCUGUGGUGGUGUUCUUUGUGUUUCACCCUCCUAAACCAAUGGGAAAGAUUCUUCCGAAACUGAAAAUUAUUGAUUGGAUUGGAUUUUUUCUCAUGGUUUCUGGAUUCACACUGUUUUUGCUUGCGAUAACCUUUGGAGGAAAUGAGUUUCCAUGGAAGUCUGCUGCGGUGAUCUUGUGUUUCAUUCUUGGAGGUUUGCUCAUUGGUGCUUUUUGUUUAUGGAAUUUCAAAUACUCCAAGCAUCCUUUGAUCCCAGCAGAAAUCAUCAAAGUUGGUACCAUUGAUAUUGCCUGUGUGGGAAUGUUCUUUGUGUUUGGCUACUUCAUGUCGGCUAUUCUCUACGUCUCUUUAUAUUUCCAGGUUGUUAAGGGGUAUGACGCUUUGGAUUCUGGUGUUUCACUUCUUCCCACAAUUUUGCCGGUUGUGAUAAGUUCUAUGGCGACAGGUAUCGCCACUACGAAGACCGGACACAUUAAACCAUUCACGAUUCUUGGUGGGCUUCUUGGGCCUUUGGGUACUGGCUUACUAUGCCUUUUGAACGUUCACUCGGGAGUAUCUCAGCGUAUUGGUUGUCAAAUCGUGCUAGGUUUAUCAACAGGUAUUAUGAUGCAACCUUUCAUACUGCAUAUCCAAAUGGCUGCACCCAAGACCCCGGGAUCCUCCAUUAUUGCCACUACCUUGUUUAACUUUUCCAGGAAUCUCGGUGCGGCUGUCGGUUCGGAUUUGUCGCAGUUGGUUUACACAUCCACCCUCUCUGCUAAGAUGGCAGCUCUCAAAGGAACCCCCGCGUAUUAUAGUGCAGGUCUGGACAAGUACGACCUCGAUGCGCUAAUCAACGACACCGCACAGCUAAAGAAGCUGGCAGAGCCAGCUAAGGAAAUUGUGUUGAAUGUAUUCAUGGCUGCUUUCAAAAACAUAUUUUAUAUGUCUAUCGGCUUUGCAUCGAUUGCUUUCGUCAGCACGCUCUUCAUGCCCAAUCACAGACUUCCAAAGAAAAGCAAGGGAGUGGUGGAGGAAAAAUCAGAUGAAAGCGAAGAGAGAAAAGAUGAAAAUCACACUGCUGACGAGGCACCAGCGGCUGAUACUGGGGUAGAGACCAAGUCCACCAGUCAAGGGAACUCGGAGUAA